CUUAAGUGCAGAUCAAAAUUAAAAAAAUAUGGCAAUAUUGAAUAAAAUCAGAUGUUUGUAGCAGCUUCAAUCGGAAAUAAUUUUAAACUGUUUUAAAAAAAUGGAGGGGAAGCGAUGCAGUAAUUUCUCAGCUGAAGAAAUUGAUAACUUAAUUGAAAUAAUUAACAAAUAUAAAUAUAUAAUAGAAAAUAAAAAAACAGAUCAUGUGUCCUCUAAAAAAAAGGAGGACACAUGGACGAAAAUAACUAACGAAUUCAACUUCCAAGCAAAGAUUUCUAGGAAUAAGGCAUCCUUACGAAAAAAAUAUGAAAAUUUAAAACGGAAUUUAAAAGUGCGUACGUCUAUAGAGAAGCAAAAAAUGUGCAAAACUGCCAGCGGGUCUUCCACAAAAGUGGAAAAUGGAAGAUUACUGUCCGCUGUUACUCCAAAUGAAAUAAAUGAGUUGAACAGUUUUUACGAUAACGACUGCAGCGGUGAAGAUCUAAGAACAAAGUGGGCUGAAAAAAAGCAUAACCUGGAAAUAGAAAUGAUGACUGCUGAGCACAACAAUCGAAUGAAAAAACAUGCAUUAGAAAUACAAAUAAUGGAAACUGAAAGAAAAGACAGGAAAAAGAUCAAUCAAUUAAAAAUGGAAAAACUCCAGCUUGAAAUUGACGCAUUAAGAAGCAAGGAAGUUAUAAAAUAAUUGUUCAAGAAAAAUUAUAAUUUUAAAUUUAGUUACAUUAAUA